AUGGAUCUGGUAAUUGUGCUUUACCGGUCCGAUGUUGACUACGAAGGAACGUCACGCACUUGCAUCCUAUAUCAGUUCUUAUUUUCCCUCCGGAGUCCUGACCAACCACUUCUUGAAAUUCACCCAUCAAUCCCUCCAGUUCCUCGUCCCCAUUGGUUCAAUAAUAUGAACUACUUCCUCCUUUUUGUUGUGAUACUCUUGGUUUUAUCUGAGACUCCCUUGUCAUCAAGCAACCCCGAAUGGUACAGAAUCUGCGGUAAUCAGUUCGAGUGUGGGAAUGUUUCUGCAGGCUUUCCAUUCUGGGGAGGAGAUCGAAGAUUGCCUAAUUGUGGCCAUCCAAAACUUCAACUCAAGUGUGAGAAAAAUGAGACAGCUAUUUUAGAAAUUGUCCGUGUUCGAUAUCGAGUUCUGGAAAUUAAUCAGCGAGACAAAAAACAGAAGAUUGCGAGGGAGGACUAUGAGGGUGGAAUUUGUCCUCAGAAUAUCCAGAAUAUCCAGAACACGUACCUUGAUGCCACUCUCUUUGUCAGUGCUCCAGAUUAUGUAAAUAUUACAUUACUCUAUGGCUGUCCCUCGGCGUUCAAUCCCCCUCCCCCAAAAUUCAAUCCAAAAUCUCCAAUCCAUGAACCUCUAAACUUCGAGUGCGAUCCAAAAUCACUUUAUGAAGACAAUCCUACCAUGGGUUUUAUCCUACCAGGAGAUACUGGUCCUAUGGGUUGUUCUGCCAGUGCCACCGUCCUGGUUCGUGACGAUUUCUAUUUCUCCAUAGAAAAGAUCAAACAAGCCCUAAAAGAUGGAUUCGAAGUAGAAUGGAAGGUGGAUGAUGAAGGGUACUGUCAGACGUGCAAUGCCUCCAAGGGAAAGUGUGGCAUUAACCCUGUGAAUGAAACGGAAACUGUUUGCUACUGUCAGGAGCCAAGUAGUUCAUCGAAAGAAUGUCUUCGCCUGCCUCAUGACGGUAAGUAGUUAUUUUUAUAGAAUUAGAGAUUAAACUGAAUAGUCUUAC